UAUAUAUUACAUAUAAUUAAUGAUUUUAAAUAUUAGUAAAAUAGUAUUACAUGAUUUAUAUAUAACUGUAAAUGAUUUACAAGACAAUAUUCAAUAUGGCCACGUCUAAUGUCAAGAUUGAAGAUUGUGAAGUAUGCGGUGAAAAUAAAGCAAAAUAUACAUGUCCAAAAUGUGAGGUUAGGACUUGUUGUCUUCAAUGUAUAAAUAUUCAUAAAAAAGAAUUAGAAUGUGAUGGUAUUCGAGAUAGAACAAAAUUUAUACCAUUAAAAUCAUUUACGGAUUUAGAUAUUUUGAGCGAUUAUAGGCUUCUUGAAGAAGUAGGUAGAACAGUUGAUCAAUUGAAAAGAGAUCCAUUUAAAAAGUGUACACGUCGAAUCAAUUUACCAGUGCAUUUGAAUAAAUUAAGAAUAGCUGCAAUCAAAAGGAAUAUUACUUUACAAUUUAUGCCACAACAUUUUAGUAGGCAUAAAAAUAAUACAACAUAUUUAAAUUGGAAAAGUAACGAAUUAUAUUGGAGAAUAGAAUGGAUUUUCCCUCAAGCAGAAUGCACGAAAUGGAUUACAGAAAGAGCUUUAGAAUCCAUAAGAUUAUCAUCACUUUUAGAAGAGAUUUUAUAUCCUAUUAAAUCAGUAAAAAAUAAAAGUGAUAUAGAGGAAUUAAAUCUAAGAAUAUCUUUAAAUGAAAAAUUACAAUUUUAUCAAGCAGCUGGUUUAUAUGGAAUAAAAGUUCUUUUGAAAGCAGAAAAAGUUGUAAAAUCAAAUUUAAAGUUUUAUGAAUUGGACAUCACACUUUCAUUAAAGGAAAACUUAGAAAAUAAAAUUAUAAUUGAAUUUCCAAUAAUAUAUGUAAUUUUGAAAGAUCAUUCAUAUAUGUAUGAAAUAAUAGAUACGGAUGAUGAAGAUGAAAAUAUUUCAAAAACUACUACUAUUCACAAUAAUAUAUUAAAAAAAAAUAAAGAAACACAUAAUCAAACAAAUAUAAAAGAAAAAAAUUCAACUGUGAAUUAUUUUUUUAAUUCUGAUUUUUCCGAUUCUGAAGAGGAAAAACUAAAUGAUGAUCGAAACAAUGAAUGUUUAUCAAAUUUUAAUAUUCCCAAUUAUGAUGAAUUAAUUAAAAUGGGACAAUAAAAUAUCUUUUUAUUAUA